AUGCGCGACUUCAAGCUGUCAGCAACCCUGCGGGGCCAUGAGGAUGAUGUUCGAAGCGUGGCCUUUCCCUCGCCAUCCAUUAUUGUCUCUGCCUCGCGGGACUUCACAGUGCGGACAUGGGCCCAGCAGUCAGCUACACCCCCCGUGUGGGACAGCACCAUCAAGACACAUGGCAAAGAAUUCGUCAACUCUCUCGCCAUUGUACCGCCGUCAUCUGAGUACCCCGAGGGCCUCAUUGUGUCUGGCGGCAAAGACCAGAUCAUCGACGUACGGCAGCCAAGCAAGAGUCUGGGGGAUGAUGCAGAUGCGCUCUUGAUUGGUCAUGGCAAUAACGUCUGCGCACUCGACGUCAGUCAGCAUGGCAAAUACAUUGUGAGCGGGGGCUGGGACUUUGAAGCGCGGCUGUGGGAGGUGGGCAAAUGGGGCGCCUCGACUGUACUUAAGGGCCACGAUGCUGCAGUGUGGUCAGUACUGGCCUAUGACGACAGCACCAUCAUCACAGGUUGUGCAGAUAAGCAGAUUCGCAUAUUCCAGACCUCCACAGACUCGCCUAUACGAUCGAUUCAGGCACCCGAUGUCGUGCGCGCCCUCUGCCGACUUCCCUCGGACCAUCCUUCUGGCGCACAAUUCGCCUCUGCGGGCAAUGACGCCGUCAUUCGCCUAUGGACGCUGAAUGGGCGGCAGGUAGCAGAAUUGCACGGUCACGACAACUUCAUCUACUCCCUCGCGGUGUUGCCCAACGGUGGCUUGGUGAGUGCGGGCGAGGAUCGCACCGUGCGGAUAUGGGAGAACAAUGAAUGCAUACAGACCAUCACACACCCUGCCAUUUCAGUGUGGAGCGUAGCUGUGUGCCCUGAGAACGGAGACAUUGUCACGGGCGCAAGUGACAAGCUCGCUCGUGUCUUCACGCGUGAUGCGAGCAGAUAUGCCGACCCUGCCGAGAUCGCGCAGUUCAACGAGGAUGUCAAGAGCUCUGCCAUACCGCAGCAAACGGUCCCAGAUAUCAACAAAGAACAGCUUCCAGGCCCUGAAUUCCUGACCCAACGUUCGGGGACCAAAGAGGGUCAGGUGCAGAUGAUUAAAGAGCUUAAUGGCAACAUAUCGGCUUAUCAAUGGUCCGCCGGGGCCAAUGAAUGGGUCAAUGUUGGUACUGUCGUCGAUUCAGCUGGAAGUGGUGGGCGGAAAAUCUCACAUAAUGGAAAGGAGUAUGACUAUGUUUUCGACGUCGAUAUCGAGGACGGAAAACCACCACUAAAGCUUCCGUACAACCUGAAUCAGAACCACUACGAGGCUGCACGAAAUUUCAUCGAGGAUAAUGAGCUUCCUCUGACCUACCUAGACCAGGUCGCAAAUUUCAUCAUUCAGAACACUCGAGGUGCGACGUUAGGUCAAAGUAGUGGCCAGGGAGCGGACCCAUGGGGCUCAGAGGCCCGAUACCGUCCUGGCGAUGCCAACCAAAUCGCAUCGCAACCAGCGCCCACCCCAACAGCACCCAAGAUCCUACCUCAAAAAGACUACCUACCAAUCACCUCUGGCAAUCACAAAAUCAUCUUCAAGAAGCUGCAAGAGUUCAAUCAGGCGCUAGUCGACGAGGGACAGAAAGGUAUUUCACUAAAUCCAUCAGACAUCGAGCAGCUGAAUGUGACUGUGACGGCUUUGGAGAAGGGCAACGGAAAGGGUAUCGACAUCACUGGUGUUGAACUAUUGGUCAAAGCUGCCACACAAUGGCCUGCGGAAAAGCGCCUUCCAGCUCUUGAUCUUUUGCGUCUCGUCCUGGCCUUUGAUGGCCCUGCAGCUUUCCUGGUAUCUCCGGAGCAGAAUCUCGUCUCUCGUCUGACAGAAUCUGAGAUAUUUACUGAGUCAUCGCCACCAAACAACACCAUGAUGGCAAUCCGGUGUCUCAGUAACCUGUUGCAAACGGACAAGGGUCGUGAGCUGGCCAGCAAAGAGUUCGACAGCAUUCAUCCCCUGCUUUCGCCUUUCCUCACAUCGUCCAAUCGCAACCUCAUCAUCGCUCUCACUACUUUGUACAUCAAUUAUGCAGUGUUACUGACAUCUGAAAACAACGCCGACCGAGCGCUAUCACUACUCCACGACUUGUCAAAGAUUCUGACCUCGGCUACCGAUUCAGAAGCCGUUUAUCGAGCACUUGUCGCCACAGGCACACUUUUGUGUCUUGGUCCUGACUUCUGCGAAGCUGGUCGGGACAUCUUGAGCAUUGGCGAUGCCGUUACACAAGCAGAGUCAAAGGUUAAGGAACCACGGAUCAGAAAUGUUGUUUCUGAGAUUAGGGUCAAGCUACAGGGUUGA